AUGAAGUUCUCUGCUCUCGCUAUUCUCACCGCCACUUUGGCCACCUCCGUUAUUGCUGCUCCAGCUGCUGCCCCAGAUGCCGUUGCCGUGCCAGAAGCUGCUCCAGUUGCUGUCUCUCAGCCAGCUCGCUUGUUCAAUGCUAUCAGCAAGUACUUCCGCAACGACUGUGACGACGACCACCACCACGACCACCACGACCACCACCACGGCCACCACGCGCCUACCACUGUUACCACCAGAAGCGCACAGUAA